AACGCCACUGAGGCUGUGCGUCAGAUGCCUUCAGCCGCCACUGGGGCUGUGCGUCAGACGUUGUCGAACGCCACUGGGGCUGUGCGUCAGAUGUUGUCGAACGCCACUGGGGCUGUGCGUCAGACGUUUUCGAACGCCACUGGGGCUGUGCGUCAGACGUUGUCGAACGCCACUGGGGCUGUGCGUCAGAUGUUGUCGAACGCCACUGGGGCUGUGCGUCAGACGUUUUCGAACGCCACUGGGGCUUUGCGUCAGACGUUGUCGAACGCCACUGGGGCUGUGCGUAAGACGUUGUUGAACGCCACUGGGGCUUUGCGUCAGACGUUGUCGAACGCCACUGGGGCUGUGCGUCAGAUGUUGUCGAACGCCACUGGGGUUGUGCUUCAGACGUUCUCAGCCGCCACGAGGGCUUUGUGUCAGACUUUGUCAACCGCCACGAGAAUUGUGCGUCAGACGACAGGCGCCUUGCGUCAGACGUUGUCCAACGCCACUGGGGCUGUGCGUCAGAUGUUGUCGAAUGCCACUGAGGUUGUGCGUCAGACGACAGGGGCCUUGCGUCAGAUGUUGUCGAAUGCCACUGAGGUUGUGCGUCAGACGACAGGGGCCUUGCGUCAGAUGUUGUCGAACGCCACUGAGGUUGUGCGUCAGACGUUGUUGAAUGCCACUGGGGCUGUGCGUCAGACGUUGUUGAACGCCACUGGGGCUGUGCGUCAGACGUUGUUGAACGCCACUGGGGCUGUGCGUCAGAUGUUGUCGAACGCCACUGAGGUUGUGCGUCAGACGAUAGGGGUUUUGCGUCAGUGGUUGUCAAACGCCACUGAGGUUGUGCGUCAGACGACAGGGGCUUUGCGUCAGAUGUUGUCGAACGCCACUGGGGCCUUGCGUCAGAUGUUGUCGAACGCCACUGGGGCUUUGCGACAGACGUUGUCGAACGCCACUGGGGCUGUGCGCCAGAUGUUGUCGAACGCCACUGAGGUUGUGCGUCAGAUGACAGGGGCCUUGCGUCAAGCGUUGUCCAACGCCACUGGGGCUGUGCGUCAGACGUUGUUGAACGUCAUUGGGGUUGUGGGUCAGACGUUGUCGGCCGUCAUCAGGGCUGUGCAUCAGACGUUGUCGGCCAUCAUCGGGGGUGUGUGUCAGACGUUGUUGAACGUCAUUGGGGGUGUGUGUCAGACGUUGUUGGCCGUGCUUAGUGUGACAGUAACUGUCACAUUUCUGGUUUUGCGUCGCAUAACGCCGUCUGCCUCCGGCAUUCGCAGCCACGAGGGUUCUGACUCAGAUGAUGCUGAAUACCAGUCAUCCCAAAGUCAUAGCAGGCAAAAAAAAAAUCUAAUUAAGACAACCGCCAUGGGGGAUCUACGUCAAACAUCAGCCACUUCAGACGUCGGCUGCCACGGGGGUUCUGCCUCAGAUCCCGGUGGCCACAACGAGGGUUCAUCCUCAUACGACGUUGGCUGUCAUGAGGGUUCUGCCUUAAACGACAAUUGGACAAUUGUUGUUAUAGUUUUUAUCUUCUACAUGUUUUACAUGGAAUUGUGGUUUGAUCAAGUAAUCCCGACUAACAAUUUAAUCCAUUAAAUAAUGGUAUUGGGUAAUACUGAAUACAUUUGUUAAAAAGUACAUUAUUCAGUCUAUGUUUAAACACAGUACUACUUAUUCUCCCAAAACACAGUUAUUAAUGUGAUUUGAAACGGGAAUACAUAGAAGCACAAAUUUAAUUAGUAUUAGGUUUAUUCACCAGCAGUUUUGUUAGUGUUUUAAACUUUAUUAUUAGCUAAAUAUGAGUAAUGAUCAAAAAUAAUAACCCAUAUUCAAGACAGAAAACAAUGUUUGGUCAACUUCUCAUCUCAUCCCAAGAUAAUAGAUAACAGAGACCCUGUCUCCUACAAAAGUGGAGCUGUGACUUAAAGCAACAUCCCACAUAUGGCACCAGGCUUCCAGAUUUAAUAUCAAGGACCAUGGAUACACCUUUGUGUGGCUCACUGGAAUCUCCACCACAAAGAAUACCACAAUCAGCUGAUCACCAACAUGUUACUGAAAAUGUGCAUGUCCAGUAAAUGUUGAUCCAUGUUUGUCUAAUUAUUCUCCCUAAUGAUCCUUGCAAGAACCAAAGUUUUCUCUAGGUGAUUUUAAUCUAUACAUUGAAAAUCAAUCAGACUCUAGAAUUUUUAAAUGUACAGUAAGGUCCAGAGAGUCUCUGCUUUGGCUGCCAGUGUGUUUUAGAAUUGAUUUCAAGAUUAUUUUAUUAGUCUGUGAGCCUCUUAAAUGUUUCAGCUAAUGCUACUUAUCUGAGCUGCUUGUACCCUAUAAUCCUUAUAGAAUAACUGUUAUUAGACCUAUUAUUAUAUCUGUUCUUGUUUAAUAUUUGUAGGUGUAGGGGUAAGGUUUUAUUUGCUCUAACCACCUUACACAUUGCUUUUUUAUUGCAGUUGUGGUGAAUAGUUUAUUGGUGGUUUAUGCCUAUAUUGUAUUGUGUGAAAAGUGCUAUAUAAAUAUAAAUACAUUUUGAUUAA